GAAAUAAACGUCUGCACAGAGAACGAUCAUUAACAUUGCCAAGAGUCCAAAAUCCCAGUUUCUGUCUCCAGUCUAACCGGAUCCCAUUACACCGCAGCCGCCCCAGUGCACAGACUGCCUGCUCUGCUGCCACCAUGGAGCUGCUGGGCCUGGUUUCCUGGCUUCUUCUGCUCCUCCUGACCCUGGUUGUUACCUGUUUUCUCCUGUACUGCGGAUAUAUCCAUCACCAACAUAUGAAGUACGAUCACAUCCCCGGACCCCCCAGAGAGAGCUUUCUCUUUGGACACAUGUCCGCAAUAUGGAAAGUGAUGAGGAAGAACCAAUUUGUCUAUGACUUGUUUUUUAACUGGGUUGAGACCUAUGGGCCGGUUAUACGAAUCAAUGCUCUACAUAAGGUUACGAUUUUGAGCGUGAGUCCUGAAUCUGUAAAGGAAGUUUUGAUGUCUCCAAAAUACAGAAAGGACUGGUUUUACGAUCAUCUGCACACUCUUUUCGGAGUGCGAUUAAUGGGAAAUGGCUUAGUGACGGAUCGGGAUAAUGACCAUUGGUACAAACAGAGGAGAAUUAUGGACCCAGCAUUCAGCAGAACAUACUUGAAAGGAUUACUGGGACCUUUCAAUGAGAAAGCAGAGGAGCUGAUGGAGAGAUUGGCAGAAGAAGCAGAUGGGAGAUCUCAUGUAGUGAUGCACACGAUGAUGAGUAGAGUCACCUUGGAUGUGAUUUCAAAGGUUGCCUUCGGAAUGGAAACAAACUCCUUGAAAGAUGAUGGGACACCACUUCCACGGGCCAUAUCACUGGUCAUGAGGGCUUUUGUGGAGAUAAGGGACCCCUUAAUCCGGUACUCAAGGGAAAAGCAGGCCUUCAUCAGAGAUGUCCAGGAAAGCACCAGGCUGCUCAGGAAGACAGGAAGAGAAUGCAUCGAGAGGCGGCAAAAGGCAAUUCAGGAUGGAGAGGAGAUUCCUGUGGAUAUCCUCACACAGAUACUGAAAGGAGCAGCCCUGGAGGGGGAUUGUGAUAUGGAGGAUUUACUGGACAACUUUGUUACAUUCUUUAUAGCAGGACAAGAAACGACGGCCAAUCAAUUAGCAUUUACCAUAAUGGAACUGGCGCGGAACCCAAAGAUACUAGAAAAGACCCAGGCAGAGGUGGAUGAAGUUAUUGGCGUCAAAAGAGACAUUGAGUACGACGAUCUCGGGAAGCUGCAGUAUCUGUCCCAGGUUCUAAAAGAGUCUCUAAGAUUAUACCCCACUGCUCCUGGGACUUCAAGAGAAAUAGAAGAAGAAACUAUCAUUGAAGGAUUCAGGAUUCCACCCAAAGUCAAUUUGAUGUUUAACUCGUACAUCAUGGGGAGGAUGCAGCAGUUUUAUCCAGAUCCACUUACCUUCAAUCCGGACAGAUUCCACCCUGAUGCUCCCAAGCCAUAUUAUUCAUACUUCCCCUUCUCUUUGGGACCACGUUCUUGCAUUGGUCAAGUCUUUGCGCAGAUGGAGGCAAAGGUCAUCAUGGCCAAGCUGCUGCAGAGAUUUCAGUUUGAGCUGGUGGAAGGACAGAGCUUCGGGAUCAUGGACACAGCCUCCCUGCGCCCCAAGGGCGGCGUGAUCUGCAGGCUAACAAUCAGAACCAACCCAGGAAAAGCAAAGAAAGUUGACUAAACAGCAUAAAGGGGAAGAAAGUCACUCUACUAUAUAAUUCCUGCCUUCAUGUACUCUCAGCCAUAUCAAGAAUAUGUCUACCUUUGCAUCCAGUUCCUUAGUAUUACUCCAGUUCAUCUAAAACUUUUUUUCAAAUGAUUUUGAUAAAAUAAAACUCCCUACCGUUUUGUGUAAGCUCCUCUGCAAGCUUAUGUGUCUCUAUGGUUACAGGUGACAAACAGUCCCUGUGUAGUCCAGUCCUGCAGUCGUACUCCCAUCUGUCCACUACUUGCUGAACCACCAAAACCUAUGGAGGGAAUGGAUGGAAGGAAGUCUGACUACAGGAUUUGUUUGUAGUCUGUUACCGUGGAAACAUGUCUACAUAGGCGAUGUAUAAACAAGACUAUUUACAGUGUUAAUUUCUUUUUUGUAGAUACAUUGGAGCAAUAAAAAUGGUUGUAAAAGUC